UGAAUUUGUGAGGAUGGUGAGAGUUAGUGUGUUGAAUGAUGCUCUCAAGAGCAUGUACAUUGCCGAGAAGAGGGGGAAGCAACAGGUCAUGAUCAGGUUGUCCUCCAAAGUUCACUACAAAAAUACAUCCAUUUUGACGCGUGUCUACAGUACCGGUUAUAUUGUGGAGUUUGAGUAUGUUGACGAUCACAGAUCUGAAAAAUUUGUGGUUGAAUUGAAUGGAAAAUUGUGGUUGAACAAGUGCGGGGUUAUAAGUCCUCGAUUUGAUGUUGGUGUUAAAGAGAUUGAAGCCUGGACUGCCAGGCUGCUUCCGUCUGGCAACAGCUUCAUAUGUGAUCUUGGAUAUGAAACUCCUCGUCUUUGGUUCAAGACAUAUUUGGCUUUUACUCCAUCUGUGCAUCCUACGCAACGUGUAUUCACUAUAGAUGGAUUCAGGAAUUGGAAGAAAGUUAGAGAUGGAAAAAAUUGUGCUUUUCUCAAUCAUAUAGGAAAAGAUCAUAAUUCAUUUAAUAGAAUUGCUGAAAGGUCAUAUGAAGACUUAAAGAACCAGUCUCAACACAUACAAAAUGUGUUUGAAAAUUUCACUUCUGAACAAAUUGCAAACAAUCGACUGCAGUUAAAAGCUUCAAUUGAAGUUGUUCGAAUGUUGGCAUUUCAAGGUAUUGCUUUUAGAGGUCGGGAUGAAAGUGUGGAUUCAACGAAUCGUGAAAAUUUUCUUGAAAUAUUGAAUUUGAUAGUUUCAUAUAAUGAACAAAUUGCUGAAGUGAUAGCUAAAGCUCAAAAAAAUGCCUCUUACACAUCACCAGUGAUACAAAAAGAAAUUUUACAUAUUUUUUCAACCAAAGUGAAUGAGACAAUUCGCAAAGAAAUUGGUAAUGCAAAGUUUUGCAUAAUUGUUGAUGAACCUCGUGAUGAGUCAAUGAAUGAGCAAAUGGCUAUAGUUUUAAGAUUUGUUGACAAAGAUGGUUUUGUGCGGGAACGCUUUUUUGGGCUUGUUCAUGUCUCUAAUACUGCGGCAGCAACUCUACAAAAUGGUAUGUAUUUUGUAUUGUCUCAACAUAAGUUAGCGAUUGAAAAUAUUCGAGGACAAGGAUAUGACGGCGCAAGUAACAUGCGAGGUGGGUGGAAUGGGUUGCAAGCUUUGGUUUCAAAUGAUUGCCCAUAUGCCUACUACAUUCAUUGUUUCGCACAUCGUUUGCAAUUGGCAUUAGUAGCAGCAUCAAAGGAAGUUAUUCCUGUUCAUCAAUUUUUUACUAAUUUGACUUUUAUUGUUAAUAUUGUUUGUGCUUCGUGUAGUCGAUUUGAAGAAUUGCGGAUUGCCCAAACUGCUGAAAUUGCUUACCUAAUUGAAAUUGAUGAGAUUCAGAGUGGAAGGGGACUUAAUCAAAUUGUAAUUUACAACGGGCUGGAGAUACUCGUUGGAGUUCUCACUUGA